AUGAGCAACUAGAAGAUGGAUACUACAUGGAGCAGCACAUUGUGAAAUUUCACAAAGAUCAAUUUAAAAAUAAAAUAGAAAACAAAAUUGUGCGAUUAAGGAACUAUUCUGAUAGCGGUUUAACAGCUCCUGUGGAAGUAGUGCCAUCGAGUUACAGUUCUUCAGCCGAACAUAAGCAUGUACAUUCGUCCACUGGGAAGGCCCAUCAGAAGCGCACAGCAUGUCAAGAAGAAAAUCUGCACCACCAGUGUAAUGAGUGCGGCAAGACUUUCAGAGAUCUGGGCCUCCUUCAGAGACAUCUGAUUGUCCACAAACAGCUACUAGGGCAGAUAAGUUUUGUGGAGUCUGGCGAUAGCGUGGACAAGUCGGUGGAUUUAUUCCAGUAUUUUCGUUGGCGGAGACGCUUCCGCUGUGACGAGUGCGGGAAAAGUUUCAGAUAUGCAUCAACGCUGGAGAAGCACCGCUUGUUUCAUGAAGGGAAGUUGCCUUACCAAUGCGGCGACUGUGGGAGGAAUUUCAAGGAACUGCCCCAUUUGAAAAUGCACCAGAAGAUUCACCAGGGAGUUCCCCCUUCUUUCUGCUGCCUGGACUGUGGAAAAGUGUUCAAAAAUGCAAAACAUCUUCGCCGCCACAAGCGAAUCCAUACUGGAGACAUGCCGUACCACUGCUCAGAGUGCGACAAGAAGUUUCGAGACUCUGAACGCUUGCGGAGACAUCAGCGAAUCCACACUGGGGAGAUGCCCUAUCCCUGUGAUGAGUGCGACAAGCGCUUCAGGUUCUCUGGGGACCUGCGGAAACACCAACGUAUUCACACCGGGGUGAUGCCUUACCAGUGUACGGUAUGCGGGAAGCAUUUCAGGGAAUCCAGCACCCUUAAAAAACACGAGUUAAUUCACAGCGGGAAAGCUCCUUUUAAUUGCAGUGACUGCGGGAAGAGGUUUAACCAGGUAGGGAACCUCAAGAGACAUCAGCAGAUCCACACUGGCAUGGCUCCUUAUAAAUGCACGGAAUGUGACAAAUGUUUCAAUCAUGUGGAUAACCUGAAACGGCAUAUACAGGUUCACAUGGUGGACAGUCUGUACCACUGCGACGAGUGCAACAGCAGUUUCCGGAGUGCUGCCUGUUUAAAAAAGCACCAGCAGGUUCACCGUCGGGUCAAUUCUCUUUAUAUGUGCGGUGACUGUGAGAAGACCUUUAAACACGCUAGUGAUUUUAAGAAACAUCAACGGAUUCACACGGGUGAGAUGCCUUACCUGUGCACAACGUGCAACAAGAGUUUCAACCAUUUGGGAAACCUCAAAAAGCACCUCCUCAUUCAUUCUGGCGAGAUGCCUUUCGAAUGUCCUGACUGUGGUAAACGUUUUAAUCAGCUGGGCAACAUGAAGAAGCACCGAAACAUUCACCUUAAAAAGCAAACCUAA